AGACUGGAGCUGGUGAAACACAGAGAGAAGUUCUGCAGACAGAUAAGAAGACCAGGUUACUAAUUCUGUGCCUUCUUUUUUCAAAAAGCACAUUCAAUGGCCCCACGGUCACUGUUUCUACUGGUCACAGCUAGGUUACUGGUCAUCCUUCAGUCUGCUGCAGGGUCAGAUGAUGUCCUGUGCUAUACCGAGGUUAACGAAGUGACCGGUGAAUGUGAGGAUUUGCUCGGAGAUGGUGUGUCUGAACUGGAUUGCUGUCUGAAUGUUAAAUACGGCUUUAAGCGGGAUGCUCAGUCGCCAUGCCAAGCCUGCCGUCCAGCAGAGUGGUCCUUGUGGGGUGAAUGGAGCCCAUGUACUGUUUCCUGUCUGGAAGGGGUUCAUCAGAGAACGAGGAUCUGCGUAGGUCAGGGCGAUUGUGAAGGGCACAAGUUGGAGGUCCGUGUCUGCUCGCUGCGUGACUGCUGUCCUCGAAAUGGAGGCUGGUCAGAAUGGAGCUCAUGGUCUGCCUGCUCCGUGACCUGUGAAAAAGGACAGAGGAAACGCGACCGGCAAUGCAACAAUCCUUCUCCAUUGUGCGGAGGGUCAUGUCGCGGUAAUGCUGAAGAGGUUGAAAAGUGUGACACUUUACAAAUCUGCCCAACUCAUGGCCAAUGGGGUGACUGGGGAGGCUGGGGCCAGUGCUCCGCCACUUGCACAGUAGAAGGUUCUGGAAGAUUCCCAACCCAGUCCCGUUUUCGACAGUGUGACAACCCAUCUCCAUCAAACUUCCCCCAAGGAAAUCCAUGCCCAGGGAGUAAUCGUGACUUCACAGAUUGCACCACCCUUCCCUUCUGUCCAGUUGAUGGACAAUGGGGAGCAUGGCAGAAGGAGUCAGAUUGCUCAGUCACCUGUGGUGUAGGACGGGAAAGGCGGAGGAGAUCUUGUGAUAGUCCACCUCCUCAACAUGGAGGAAAAUAUUGUGUUGGAUCUCCUACAGGACAAACUAUCUGCAAUACAAAGAAGGCAUGUAUAAUUGAGCCUGCAUGGGGAAAUUGGGAGGAAUGGUCAAUAUGCAAACGUCUGACAAAUGAUGAGGUCAAGUGUAGACGAAAAGCAGCGCUGCAGCACCGGAAACGCAUAUGUGAAAAUGCAGAUACUGACGACCAGUUUUGUGAAGGUGAAGGCAGAGAAAGUCGAAGUUGCUAUAACGUAGACGGGUGUGAAUUCACCGAACUAGGUACCUGGCCGGAGUGGAGUAACUGGGGACUUUGUUCCUCCCCCUGUGGAUAUUCUGAGAGAAAAAGAUUCAGAGAAUGUUUGGCAAAGUAUCCAGGUUACCCGACUGUAGUGGAUGGAGCCGUAAAACCUGUGGAAGUCUUUUUCUGGGGAACACCUAAGUUUAAAUGUGCUGCGAUCAACGGACAAACAAAGAAGUUGGAGGAGACCCAAGAGUGUAAAAACACCUUGCCGUGCACAUAA